UUAAUAAAUUCAGUUUAAUCAGAAAUAUAGAAAAAGCGCCAAUGCGGCCUUUAAAAAAUACCCUAUUAUGACGUAAAUUCUUAGUAGCAUAGCAACACUGACUUUUUCGCCAUUGUAUUGAAUUUGUCGAAGAUUUCGUUGCGUCAUCGAUUUAGGAGAAAUGUCGAACAAACUGAUCCCUGUGGUCAAGGCUGAGGAGGCUGAAGAGGAAGACCUGGUGGACCCCCAGGCUGCCCUCAGGGAAACAUGCGCGGAGAAGCCCAACAUCCAGAGCAUGUGGGGCCGCGUGCAGGAGUGCAAUGACCGUGUGAACUCGCGCACACAGACCGCCGAGACCUGCGAGGAGGAGCUCAUCGACUACAUCCAGGCCCUCGACAAGUGCGUCACCAAGGACCUCUGGAAGCAACUCAAGUAAACCAGCAAAUGAAGUCUCUUGCCAACUCGGGAGACUUGUAUGGGUUAUGUUCACGAUGUUGGUAGAGGCAAUUUAGUUUAUUAGACCAUUAUUUAAUUCUGUGCAGAGUGUGAUUAAACAAAUGUUGUUUAUUUGUAAAUAAAUAUCAAUACCGUUCA